CCGAGCUGAGGAAGUUUGUCCACUUGGGCCCGCCGUCGCGCCGCGCCGCCAUAUUGUCCGCCGGAGCCGCCGAGGUGUCCUGAGGGAGCGGAGCUGCGCCGGGAUGGCUCUGUGCCAAGGCAAGCAGAGGAACAGCCACCCUGGGUAGAUCUGCAUCUCACUCAUGAAAAAGCAACUGUCAGAAACCAUGGCGAGCCCAGGGAAGGACAAUUACCGGAUGAAGAGCUAUAAGAACAAAGCACUAAACCCAGAAGAAAUGAGAAGGCGGCGAGAGGAAGAGGGAAUCCAGCUCCGUAAGCAGAAACGAGAACAACAGCUUUUUAAACGAAGAAAUGUGGAACUAAUCAGUGAAGACGCCGCCAUGUUUGACACACUACUCAUGGACUCCUAUGUCAGUUCCACCACUGGGGACAGAGUGAUCACAAGAGAGAUGGUGGAGAUGCUCUUUUCUGAAGACUCCGACCUGCAGUUAGCAACCACACAGAAGUUCCGCAAGCUGCUCUCAAAGGAGCCAAAUCCUCCCAUAGAUGAGGUGAUUAAUACCCCUGGAGUAGUGGACAGGUUUGUGGAAUUUCUGAAGAGGAGCGAGAACUGCACAUUACAGUUUGAAGCUGCCUGGGCCCUGACCAACAUUGCCUCAGGAACCUCACAACAGACCAAAAUUGUCAUUGAAGCUGGAGCUGUCCCUAUCUUCAUAGAAUUACUUAACUCUGACUUUGAGGAUGUACAAGAACAGGCAGUCUGGGCCCUGGGAAACAUAGCUGGUGACAGCUCUGUCUGCAGAGAUUAUGUCUUGAACUGUGCCAUCCUCCCACCGUUGUUGAUACUCCUCACCAAGUCCACACGUGUAACAAUGACUCGGAAUGCUGUCUGGGCCCUGUCAAACCUGUGCCGAGGAAAGAAUCCGCCCCCCGAGUUUGAGAAGGUGUCUCCCUGUUUGCCUGUGCUGUCCCGCCUUCUGUUCAGCAGUGACUCAGAUUUGCUGGCAGAUGCAUGUUGGGCCCUCUCCUAUCUGUCAGACGGUCCCAACGAGAAGAUUCAAGCCGUCAUAGACUCUGGGGUCUGUCGGAGACUGGUGGAGCUCUUAAUGCACAAUGAUUACAAAGUGGCCUCCCCUGCCCUUCGAGCAGUAGGCAACAUUGUCACUGGUGACGACAUCCAGACCCAGGUGAUUCUCAACUGCGCAGCCCUACCUUGCCUCCUCCACUUACUGAGUAGCCCCAAGGAGUCAAUACGGAAAGAAGCUUGCUGGACAAUUUCAAACAUCACAGCUGGAAACAGGGCUCAGAUACAGGCUGUCAUAGAUGCAAAUAUUUUUCCUGUAUUGAUCGAGAUCCUGCAGAAAGCUGAGUUCCGCACAAGGAAAGAGGCUGCCUGGGCCAUCACCAAUGCCACGUCAGGGGGAACUCCUGAGCAGAUCAGGUAUCUGGUUACGCUGGGUUGCAUCAAACCUCUGUGCGACUUGCUGACUGUGAUGGACUCUAAGAUUGUACAAGUUGCCCUCAAUGGCCUGGAGAACAUCCUGCGGUUGGGUGAGCAAGAGGCUAAGCGGACAGGCACGGGGGCCAACCCCUACUGUGGCCUCAUUGAAGAAGCUUAUGGCUUGGACAAGAUCGAGUUUCUCCAGAGCCAUGAAAACCAAGAGAUCUACCAGAAGGCCUUUGACCUCAUUGAACACUACUUUGGCGUGGAAGAUGAAGACACAGGCCUGACUCCUCGGGUGGAUGAGACGCAGCAGCAGUUCAUCUUUCAGCAGCCUGAGGCCCCCAUGGAGGGCUUCCAGUUAUAAUGCCUGCCAUGGGGAGGGGAGGGGAGGGAGAAGAGAGGAGAGCACCACAGACUGUCCCAUACAGUCCUUGACAGUGGUGGUGGCAGUGGCAGCAGCAGUGGUGGCAGCAGCAGGGAGGGGACAGCCAGGCUUCCUGCCCCAGCCCUGGAGACUGCCCUUGCUGCCUACUCCUUCCCUCUCUUCCCAGGAGGCCCCUCUGAGGACAGGCCAAGGCCAAGGCUUUGCUUUCGUGGAGAGAAGGGGGCUUGUUUUUCCUCCUUACCCAUUAUAUUUUUGCUGCAUACCUGUCUAACCCAGGAGCCCAGGGUGGAAAAAGGAGGACUGAGGUAACCAAUUUGCACCUUUUUUUUUCUUUUGUGGUGAUUUUUCUCUUCGUCCUUCCUUUCGUCCCUCCCUGGCCCCUGCCCCAGGCUGUGUCAGUCUUACUUUGGGUACUUGAGCAGAUGGAAUAUUCCAGUGGGGGGUGGGGGGAGGGAGAGAAUCAAAAAAAAAAAGUGUUCAUGCUCUGAUGGAAUAUUAAUCCUGGAUGCUUGGAUUGAGUCAUUGAAGCUUUUUCUUUUUCCUUUUGCACAUUUUACUCGUAUUAUAAUUCCUCCUGGCAUUUUGGGGACAUCCUUGAGUCUCUUAAGAGUAGAGUACCUGGCUCUCAUCAGUGGCUGGUACACUAUGACCGUGAUGUUACCAUUCUGGUUGCCUUCCCUUCUGCCUUUCUGCCUCCCCGGGGCUGGGGGUCUUUGGGAGAACCAGUCCCACCUUCCUUGGUUUGGGAGAUGGGGCCACCUUAUGGUUACAAGGUUGGCCUCAGGAAAGGGGAUGGUAAAGGCCCUCAGGUGAAAUGACCCAGAUGUAGCUACUGAUCCUGCUUUUCCAAAACUCUCCCUCCACCCAGCUGUCAAAAUGGUGCAACCCCUAACUUCAUUGUUUACUUGAAAUUCCCCCUUAGCGGUGGGCCCUGCCCUGGGGUGGCAAUGUUUUCUCCUGAGUCCAUGGCAAGUAAUGGUCUCUUUCCUUUAUUGGGGGAAAGAAACCAGCCUCAGCCUGGUUUCCCACAGAGGGAAUGCAGGGAUGGCGACACGUGUCCAGAUUGCCAGACACUUGUGUCUUUAGCCUUUCUUUCUCCUCAUCCACAGCUGGAUCAUGUUCAUUUCACUCACAAAGGAGAGAAUGUCAAAGCUCUGUAUUUUUUAUAUUCUAUAUAUUAGGUAGGUGAGUCUUAAUUGGUUUGGGGAGGAAACAGAUCUAUGAGCUGUCUUAAUUCCUAUAAAUAGGAUGCUGUGAGGCAGACAGAGCCUGGGGACAAUAUCUCCCUUUCCCAGUUAAGAGGUUCCAAUCCUUCUCCCUUCUUGCCUGAGCUCUGGUGGCCCAAAGCCAGAUCAGGCAUGAGUUGACCCAGGAUUUUCACCUAACCAAGCACAUGAAGAUGGCUUAGGCGGCAGUAAACAAAUGGAAGGAGAGGGAGCAGGGGAAGAAUGUGCUCCAUCUUAGUCCUGCUGGACUCUUAGUAACUCUGAGGUCAAAGAGAGCAGGAGGUCCUGGCCAAGCCUGGCUACCGUUAGCAUCUGAUGACCCAAGUAACCCCCUGUUUGAAUUUACCACAAGGAACAGCUGCCUCUUUGCUCCCCAAAGUAUAAUCUUUGUUUCUUUGCCUAUAGCUGCAAAUAGGACAUGUUUGCUGGUGACCAAAUGACUCUUUGAAGUAGUGAAGGCGGGGAACCAGAAGGGCUUGGGUUCUGGCCUCUGUAAGGCUGUGUCACAACAAGGGCAGAUGGCAGGUAAACCUGACACUCAGACUUUGACCAGCAGAGCAAGUCUGCCUUCCAUAUAAAUACUCUCUCCAAUCUAUAUCUUCUCCCACGUUGAAAAAGAAAAAAAGGGUGCAUUUGCACAGAUUGGCCAUUUUUGUUGAUUUUGAACAUAAGACCACAAGCAGAGUUGUGUACGUUGCCCUCUGUUCCCCCAGGGCCUUUUAGGCAACAAGGCACCUGCUAUUGUGACCCAGGAAGGCCAAGGAGAAUCCAUGUGUCCUCCCUCUCGCAUCUUAAAGGGAGUGGUUGUUCCAUUGGCCAAGAGUUCCUUAUUUGUCCUCUUCUUUCCUCUCCCUCCCCCAAGAUAGCUCAGAUUCUGGCAUGUCCUCAAAGCUGUUACAACUGGCAGCUAUAGGUAAGAGGCACACAUCAAAGAUUUCUCUACUCUUUUAUAAACUGAUGAACCAUGAGCUGUUAUGGAAUCCAGCCCUGGAAGCCUGGGGGUAACUUCCCAGUUCCCCAGAAAAUAAGAGAACUGGAACUCUCUGUUUUAGCAAGCCCUGUGUCAUUCACAAGAUUCUCUCUCCUCAAAUUAAGAGAAAAACGUUUUCUUAUUGGUGUUUUUGAUCUGAAGAGUGACAGUAUUUCAGAAGAAUCCCAUGUCAAGCAGCAUCUCAAGCCUCUGAAACUCCUUGUGAUUAAAAUGUCCUUUAUGGGGCAGCUAGGUGGCGCAGUGGUUACAGCACCAACCCUAGAUUUAAGAGGACUUGAGUUCAAAUCUGGCCUUAGACACAUAACACUUAGUAGCUGUGUGACCCUGGGCAAGUCACUUAACCCCAUUGCCUAACAAAAAAAAAACACAUCCUUUAUCUUGGAACCCCAAAACACAUCUCACUAUGAGCCCAGUGGUCCAGACAGCAGGGGAUUUGCAUGGCCUUCGAUCCAUUGCUCCAAGUCCACUUUACGUACUUGAGAGCUAGGGAAACACCGACUGCAGAUUGGCUUUGUCGGGCUGUUCUUUGGUCGUCAGCCAUUCUUAUGCUCUUAUGGAGAUAGUGACUCCAUCUUCAAUUCCUCACUUGUAGGCUCUGGUUUGUCUCAUGCCCCAUUGGGCAGACGCCUUCUUAUCUGAUAGUUCUCAGCCCUGCAUUUUUAUUUCUGACAAGGUUCCUGUACACCCCAAAGUACUCUUGCCUGCUAGCUCCUAUCACUGGUUUCUUGACAAUUUUGGCUGUUAAUGCCCUGGUCUCCAGGCCCAAGUCUAUAUAGCCUCUGAAUGAGUCUGAGCUUGGGGGAUUGGAAGGGUGAUGACGUGGAAGGUGAGGAAGUAGUCUGAGGAGGGAUGUAGAUCAGCAGACCUGUUAUUGAAGGAAAUCAAAGCAGCUUCCUUCGCAGUCAGCCUGGCGCAUUUUUCAGGACUUGACCCAUAAUCAAAGACUUUGGAUCUCAGCUUUUUUGUUAGUACUCCUAGAAAAUAUACACAAGGACCUGACAGGGUGGGAUGGUAUUUCCUAACUGAAUGAGCCCCUGAAUCAUCAGCCGUCUCAUCUCUCUUGUCCAUCCAGCCCAAAUGGUCCAGUUCCAACCCCAUGAUCCUCAUGUCUGGACUCCUGAGGUCCAUGGCCCUCCUUCCCAAAUCGAUUCACACCUUUCUUUGGAUGCAAGUAGUGUUUUGUGGAUCUUCUUGGCAUCUCCGUCCCACCUUCUUUCAGGACCUGCACUGAUUUUGCCCUUUGCGAGCAAGAAAUGUGCCAAGGCUUCUCUCAGUUCCCAGGGAUCUAGGAAUCCCUCUCCCUCAGCAGCCCUUUGAACUCUAAUUUAUACUGAUUCAGAAAAGUCUUUGCCCAGCUUAGAAGUUGUUUCUGUACCAGACUAUCUUCUCAACUUGGAGAGCCAAUUAUGGGGUGAUUUUGUUUAUGGAAGAAUUCAGAGUGUUCAUGAGACAUGUUCUUUAACAUGUUCUUCUUCUCUGGGUCAGCACUGUUGGCAUGUGCAAGUCCCCAUGUGCUUUUGUAUUAUGAACUAGAGAAUCCAGUUGGUAUGACAGAUGCCGAUGUUUUGAAAGAAAACCCAACCUGGGAGAAGAAGCCUAUGGAUUCUGUGCUAGAGGUGCCUCCGACCCCUGUACCUGCCUGGACUCCCUAAAUCACCUCUACCUUCUCCCUUCCUUCCCUGAGGUAUCUGAGAAAAAGGACAGUGGCCAAGAGCUGUGGGGGAACCUUGGCUCCGACCUUUGGAGCCAUCAACUUCUAUCUUGUGCCAAAGUCACCAGCAUGUCCAUUCUGUCCUUGCCUGCCAAUGCCUCUCAGCCUUCUCCAUUGAUGGUACCCAUGGUACUGGGUCUGGGCUUCAAAUAGGUGGGGGCCUGGAAAUGGGAGGCACGUGGAGACCUGUGGCGUGUCUGUGUGUGUGCCUUCAGCUGACAUCCUCCCUGUUAGGGAUUGGGGGGUUGAUACGGUGAAUGCAUUUGCAUUCUGGAAAGAUCACGGAUUUGAGGCAGGUCAAUCAGGCAGGACCUUCUAGAAGUGGAAGUGGAGUAUGUUUUCAGCUCAGUCCUUUUGCACUGAUCCAGCUUCUUUUGUGUCUUAGCUUUGGGCUCUCAGCGACUUUAAGAUAGCAGCACAAAAUCCCAUGGCUUCUGCCCAGGAGCCCAGAGGGGACUACCUUAUAUCCCACCUUGAGUCUCCAGCUGCAGGUUUUGUCUCAGAUUUUUUCAUCAAGCAUGUGACAUUCCCAUUCCUAGCCAGAGCAAGAGGUAGAGAACCAACAGGCAGAGAGGCCUUUCACCAAAGUGAUCAGUAGAGGAAUCACUGGCUGCUUUCAGCUCCCUUUGCUCCCCACCUUAUCUCAGGGGUCACCUCAGGUGGCUUAUGAUAGACAUCUGGGGACCCCAUACCCUUUCUUCCUGCCAGUGCAGGACAAGCAAUCCACACUAUCCCUAGGGGUCUGAAAAGCCUCUGUCUGAACAAUCCCAGGGUGGAGGUGGGGUCAUUAUUUCAGGGGUCAAGAGAGAUUUGUAUAGGAAGAGAUACACACAGAUCUGGGACCCUCUGCUUCACAACUUUCCAUGUCUGAGCUUAGCUUUCACAAACUUAUUCCCUUCCAAGAGAAGGAUCACAGACUCUGAAACCAGUUUUGGCCAAGGAAUGGGGGCUGGGGUUCAUUGUUACUGGAUGUUUACUGACCACGGUCUAUGGCAUCUUCCUCCUACAAACCACUAGGGGAGAGAAGAGUGAGAGAAACAAGCUUAUGCCCUAGGCAGGUUCCCUCCCUCCCCUCCAGAAGCCAGCCCAGAAAUGUUGGCUGGUUUUCCCUUUUUACUCAAAUGUUUAUUUUUCUCUAUGGUUUUUCAACACAUCUGGCUAUCUCACCUUCCACCCACAGACCCAGAUAUUCUUAGAGGCCCUUUGGCAUUCAUUAGCCACAGCUGGGUAAUUCUAGACUGGACACAGGGCAAAGACAGACCGUGGAGUUGAGCUCGAUGAGUACAGACUUAAUUAACAAAUGAUAUUUAUAUACACAUCAAUUUGAAGAGAAAAAAAUGUAUUUCUUUAGGUUUCAAACACUGUGUAACAAAUAUAAUGCAAAAAUAAAGACCUGUUGAAAAGUUA